AUGGCGAUAACAUCUGACGGCACCUACGUACGUACGGCGAUGCGUGUGCAGGGCGAGGUGGUGGGGGAGGCGCGGAGCGUGCAGUGCGAGUGCUGCGGGAUCGCGGAGGAGUGCACGCCCACCUACAUCGGCCGCGUCCGGGCGCACUUCCACGGCAAGUGGGUGUGCGGGCUGUGCGCCGAGGCCGUCAAGGAGCGCCAGCAGCGGGACCCCGACCUCGCCAUGGCCGCCGCCGUCGACGCCACGGCCGCGCUCUGCCAGCGCUUCAACUCCACCGUCCGCCUCAACCCCAAGCUGUCCCUCGCCAGCUCCAUGCGCGACAUCGCCCGCAAGAGCUGCCAGCACCGCGGCGCCACCGGAUCAGCAGGCACAUGCACCGCCGCCGGCGGGAUCAGUUCCUCCGACGCCGCCUGCUGCGGCGCCGGCCGCGCCACCAGCUGCGCCCUGCGCUACGUCUGA